CGGAGUCAUUCCGGGCCAAACGUCCGCGCGCGCGCGCUCCCACAAAGCACUGCAUCGCGCUCGUGCUGACGGCGGCGGAGGAGAGGGCUCGUCACUGCACUAUUUAGUUCGGCCUUGGCGCGCUGCUGUUCUGCCGGGUUUCCGUCGUAGCGCCUCCGCCUCGCUAUGUAGUGCGUUCACGCAUUUUUUAGUGCACUUGGAAUAACAGUAAACACAUAAGCGGUAAAAGAGAAAAUGCGGCGGUACGUCCGUGCGCUGCUCCUGUGCGCCGUGCUCGCGCUUCUCUCCGCACUCUACGUGUUCAGGGAAUUCGUCACGUCGCUGGAGCGACCAACCGGCGGCGGAGCGGAGGCGCGCGGAGCACGGCACGCGGCCGCCCUGCAGCGCCACCACGGUGCACGCGGAGCCCGCCCGGGAGCGGCCGGAGGAGCAGGCCGGGAGGAGCCGCGCUGGUACCAGAGGUGUAACAAUUUGUCAGUGUCUUACUGGAACCCCUAUUGGAGGCUGCCCCCUGGUGUUUGUGCCAUGAACUGCUUAAUGGAAUCAUCUUUUAGGUACAUCAUGAGGAAGGUGGAGCCCUCCCAAGUUGGAGUGGUAGCUGAGGAGUCUACACACCUGGCUGUGGUAGCCUGUGGGCAGAGGCUGGAGGAGACCCUCACUAUGCUGAAGUCUGCAGUCAUCCUUGGAAAACGACCACAGCAGUUCCACAUCUUUGCUGAGGAUGAGCUCCACUCUGAUUUCAGAUCGGCUCUGGACUUGUGGCCAGCCAUGUAUCGAUCCAGGUUUAGCUACACAGUCUAUCCCAUCACAUUCCCCACGGAGAAUGCUGGUGAAUGGAAGAAGCUCUUCAAGCCCUGUGCUUCCCAGAGGCUCUUUCUGCCUCUUAUCCUAACAGAAGUGGACUCCUUGCUGUAUGUGGACACGGACAUCCUGUUUCUGCGUCCUCCAGAGGACUUGUGGUCCUUCUUGGGCCAGUUCAACUCAACUCAGUUGGCAGCCAUGGCUCCCGAACAUGAGGAUCCACGCAUUGCCUGGUAUAACCGCUUUGCCCGGCAUCCGUACUAUGGCAAGACAGGCCUCAACUCUGGGGUCAUGCUUAUGAACAUGACGAGGAUCAGGAAGAAGCACUUCAAGAAUGACAUGACCUCAGUUGCACUGCGAUGGGAGGACCUGCUGAUGCCACUUCUCCAGAAGUAUAAGCUGAACAUCACUUGGGGAGACCAGGACCUGCUCAACAUUAUCUUUUAUCACAACCCAGAGAGCCUUUUUGUAUUCCCGUGCCAGUGGAACUACCGGCCAGACCAUUGCAUCUACGGCAGUAACUGUGUCCCUGCUGAGCAAGAGGGUGUCUUCAUCCUCCAUGGCAACAGGGGAGUGUACCAUGAUGAGAAGCAGCCCCCCUUUAGAGCUGUUUAUGAGGCCUUCCAACAGUAUGCUUUUGGGGAUGACCUUGUGACCUCUAUCUUACUACCUCUUCAAGAGCGCCUUCAGAAGACCACUCACACAUACUGUGGCCGUGUUGGUCACCUGUUCACCAAGAGGCUCCAGCAAAGCCUGAGUGCACUUCAGAGUGGUUCUUCCAAGGGAAGGUGAUUGUCGGCCCCUUCCGGGAACUUCCUCCACAAGAGCCCCCUCAGCCCUCUGGUAUAUGAAUGCCAUGGACCAUUCACUGAGCUAUGAUGGGGCUGCCUUGAGAAAACAGGUCCUUCUAUAUCCUCAUAUAUGAGGAAACAGAAGGGUAUCAGCCAGAAGCACUAAGUUCACUUUGCUUUGGAGGGAACUGCGGGUUUGAGCACCAGAGAAUUGGCCUCCACCCCGACAAUCACAAAGUCUGACAUUAAGCCUGACAAUCAGUGAUUGCAUCAAUGGUGGCCUGCAAGUUGGUGAAAUGUUAGGUUAAUUGUGUUACCUCUAGGUGGAGGUCAAAAUGUAGUGAGAGAGUCAAUGACUACAUGAUUUUUUCUGUUGACAAACAGCAGUUUGGGCUUUUAUACUAAAAAAUGCCUUAAGUCCUUUUCCCAAUUCUCAACUGUAAGGCUGGAACUGUCACAACUGUACACUAGUGGUGUCAAGCACUCUUCAUGGAAGCCAGUGUGUGAUAAAGUGCCUUCAGGAGGACUAAGUUGUAUGAUAGUGGUUUCCCCCCCCCCCCCCCCCCCAUGUGAUAUUAAUGUACUGGGACUUGAUGUGAUAUUGACCUGAUGAGCACUGAGGGAGAAGGGCUUGAGGGAUAAGCCCGUCAGAUUUCUACUCUGCUGAACUACACACUGACUUCAGAAGAAACAAUUUCUGUGGUUUGUCAGGAAUAACAAGAACAUAUGCUGUAUUUUUCUCCAAAUGACAUAUCAAAAGUGCCAUACUUGCAGUUUUUAAUUGAAUGAAACUUUGUAUAUUAAAAACUGCUGUUUAGAGUUGCCAGUUCUUUGUGAUUACCACUGAGGAUUUUAAUUCCUACAGUGAUUAGUUGGCAGUUGCUGCUUUCUGACAGCUGUGUACACAAGUUACUUUAACAUCAUGUUUACUUGUAGGGUAACAGUGCCUUUAGAGCAUCAGUCUUUUUGUUCCAGACACAAUUUUUGUGUUUGGACUGUCUGAAAUCAGAGAAUUCAGUUUGGUAGGGAAGGGUCCACUCUUCCUAUAGGGACCUAUAUCUUAAACUGUAAAGCCUCAAUGAAUGUUGUCUGACAUUAAACCACUAAUUGUUUUGUACUGUAGUGAAUUGAUUUUCAAAUCAGUGAAAGUAAAAUUUUCAAAU